AUGAAAUUAGCUAAAUUAUUUUACUUCGUCGCCUUCCUCAUAACCAUCAAGGUUUUCGUUCCAGGAUUGAACAAUGAUGGAUUAGUUGAAGCAAAGACCGUUCCUGCUGAGACCAAGCCAUUAAAAAAGCUUGACAAUGAUAUCCUAAAAAAACAAAGAAAACAAAAGCUCAUGAUCAUAUCCACCAUCGCAACUAGUUUAGCUAUACUCCUUGGUGGUGCCUUUGGAGGAUACAGCUACUACAAACAAAAGAAAAACAAAAAACCUCAAGGCCCAGUUAUCACAAACAGACCAUCCCCAAAAACAGAAACCAAAACCGUAACCAAUUCACAAGAAGAUCUCCCCAAAACCACAUUGACAUCGACCCCCCCCAAGCAUUACGGUUAUUAA